ACGCCCUUGCCUUUAAUUGGCGGCUGCGCCGAAGGCUGCCAACCGUUACAUUGGGCCAAAGUUGCCGUCUGAGGUUUCGAUGAAGACAACGACCAAGUAAAUGUUAUUGUUUUGUUCUCUGCUGGGUAUCACUGUUGGCGCCGCCACCGUCGUUGCCCUGCGCCUGUUGCCUUUUCUGCCGCUUUUGGUGUCUGCGCACGCCGCAGUAGCACUCUCUCUUUCCUAUAGCAAAGGCAAUCUUCUAGCGAUCAACAAAAGACAUCAGCGAUCAUAGACAAGCAAGUAGGCGGACAGACCGUUUCUGUACUCCACUCCACAAACCUACGCGACGAUUGGUGGCGUCCACGUCUGUCCAUGCUGGGCCGGUUGGCUGAGGAGUAGAGUAAGCGCGUGGGCUUUGCCGUCCAUCCAAGCGUCGUUCUCGUUCUGUAGGUUUAUUGCUUUUGUGCGACGCUAGUCCUGACGUUCACUGGCUUCCUCUGCCCGUGUGCGCAACAGAAAGCGGACGAGCCUGACAGCAACAGCGACGACUGUCGUAGGUGGGACAGCUGCAACAAACCUGCGCUGUUUGUGAGAGCUUGCCUACCGGUACUGUUCCUUCAUCCGGAGCAGUGCUAUCAAGAGACGCCUUCUGGUAUUCUCUUCGCCUGUGACUCUGUGUUUCUCUAUAAUUUAGCUUUGCUAACACAGCUGCUAAUCUUCUGUUUUGUUAUUGUCCAGCGGAACGCUGACUGAGCUAGCGUCGAGGGAAGCGGAACGAAGCCAUUUCGAAGCUUGCGCACGAUCAUAGGUGAUCGCAGUGCGGGUCUCAGAAGACAGGAGUUCAUGUGAAGAUCGAAUGAGAGACGAAGAAAAAGCAGGGUGUACAGGACACAUCUAACUGAAAGCGUGUUGUCGCCAUUGGCACUGUGGAGGACUGUGGACUGACAGAGUGCCGCGUCGUGCACUACCAGUUUUACGGAACGCGCACUCGGCUAAGCAGGUCUUGUUAUUUGACUAUUGAAACUGUGUCGUGUUUUGGUGGCCUGACGUGUGUUAUUAUGCCUUGGCCAUUGGUCGUCAUGGCUGCAGGACCAGCAGCAACAGUAUUCGCUAGGAUAACAGCAACAGCAUAAAGACUAGAGCGGGACAAAGCAGUUCCGAGUGAUAACUAAUCCUAAAAACGCAAAUUGAAGAAUAGUAUUGACGUACUGUCACUUUCGCUAGUGCAGGUCAAAUAAAGUCGUUCAAGUGCUACCCAAGCGAUUGUGUGAUGUGAACCAGCGCGCCACACUCGCGCAGAUUCACCUGUUGUUGUUGUUGUUGUCGUUGUUGUUGUUGUCGUCGUCGUCGUCGUCGUCGUCGUUGUCAUUGUUAUAAAGUUUUCUGGAUUUUUCCACCUAAACGGAAGCGACAUGGACCGGGCACGGUUUCGGAGAUUACCUCUGAUAACUAGCAAGCUGGAGCCGAGCGGCCAUAAAUGGAUAGUAAAGGUCGAGGGAGGUCCGAGACGUGUCAAUCACGCCGCUGUCAAGGUGGGAGAAUCAAUAUACUCCUUUGGAGGCUUUUGCACCGGUGAAGACUACACAUCAUUGAGGCCAAUCGACGUCUCGGUGCUCGAUACGUGCACCUUCCGAUGGACCUUAGUCGAGUCACCGAAUCAUUCUUGGGAAGUUCUACGCCCUAACGGUUACAUACUCAAAAAAGAUGUUCCCUUCCAGAGGUAUGGCCAUACUGUGGUAGCGUAUGAGAACGACAUAUACCUGUUCGGAGGCCGGAAUGACCAAGGAGCCUGUAAUAAACUCUAUAAAUUUAGCACAACCGACCUGAAAUGGACGCUCAUUAGGGCUACUGGCUGUAUCCCUGGUGCACGCGACGGGCAUUCGGCUUGCGUGAUCGGUAACCGAAUGUAUGUAUUUGGAGGUUUCGAAGAACAGGCGGACCGCUUUUCGAACGAUGUGUAUGCUCUGGAUUUAUGGACAUUUAAAUGGGAGUAUGUUUGCACACAAGGCGUGCCACCCUCGCAUCGUGAUUUUCACUCGGCGUGCGCCAUUUACAACCGAAUGUAUAUAUUUGGCGGCCGAGGCGACAUGGACAACCCGUACCACUCUUCCAGGGACACAUACUGUAACAGGCUAACGUACCUUGACACAGAAACAUCUCGGUGGCACUUUGCACGGGCUUUAGGCGACGUGCCAACCGGACGCCGAAGUCACUCGUCCUUUGUUUAUCGUGGCGAAAUGUACAUCUUUGGAGGCUACGAUAGCGUAAAGAAGAAGCACUACGGUACCAUGCACUGCUAUGACCCCGUUUCCGAGCGGUGGCGGGAAAUUCCGAUUAACGUAGGCCGAACAGGACCGCCAUGUGCCCGACGACGUCAUGCAUCGGUUAUUGUUGAAGAUCGGCUGUUUGUGUUUGGUGGAACCUCUCCAAGCAAGCCAUCUGAAGGCGUUAUUGGAAAGAUGCCUAACGACGAGUAUGAUGAUACCAAUCCAAUGCAAGAGAAGCUGGUAGACCAUAACGAUUUGUACGUGCUCGACUUCCGGCCAACACUAGUGACUCUUUGUCUCUCGAAGGUCAUCGAAGCUAGUCUGAAUCAACGGGAUUUGCCCAUCUCACUCCAACUACGACUUCGGGAUAUGGUUGUCAGUAAUCAACUGUCAAGACCAAUUGACUAUGCAGGAUAAUCGCUGUUAGCAAAAACAUCGGCGCCAUCAGAUACACAACUGCUUCACAUCGUCAGAAAUCUGUUGAAGUAUCUAUUUCCUUGGCUAAUACUAAUGAAAAAAUAAAACUAAAUGCGAAAAAUGUCAAAGCAAUUCAGUAAAACCGCGAACAAACAGGGAAUCCUUUCAACUAAUAUUCGGAAAAAGAGACAAAGAUACCGAAAGGACAUAUAAGAGGUUGAUAGUAAACGAAAACCAUGGUCCAUCGGAAGUAAACAAAUAAGCAAAUUGCAACGGUCACCAUCCGCUGUUAACUGUUAGUGGAACAUUGAUAAGGUUCUUGCAGACCUUUCUAGAAGCGGGCGUGGGCCGCGCGUAAUGAAAUAAGGCGCACAAAAAACUGCCUGCUACUUUUGAAAAAGCAGUGGACUUGACGCAACCUGGAGUAUAAGGAGACAUCUUUUCGUCAAUGCAAAAGCAUCUCGCUGGUAUAUGGUUUCUUCUUCCGUAAACAAACACUAUUACGGCAGUGGAAAGAGAUGUAAAAAACCCGAGAGGAACAGAAAAACAGUGUUGCCGCCGUGACGUUAGAACGUGACACGGCUGGUAGGAAUAACACUAUACUAUGUGGUGGGCCAGUGCGGGAGGUCUGCAUAGCUAAGGCCACAGGCUGUACGAGGGGACGGUAUCAUUCGAUCCUGCUGGACAGGGAAGUGUCCAGAGCCAUGUAUCGAUUACACACAUAUAUAUAUUUAUAUAUUAUAUACACACCCAUCCUAUAUUCUUUCCUUUAGACGUUGGGCGCAGGGUUCGCCACGUCAUUGUGUGCAAAAGACAUUGAGUAACAUUACAGGCCAAUUAUAGAGUAAGUUGUAGAAUGCGACAUUAUCGAAAUGAAGAUAACCCAGGCAGAUCCGCAACCUCCACCUGUCUAAUCUCCUUGCUGCUGUUCUUAAAAACGACUGAAGUUAGUAAAAGUAUAAGGCGAUUUGCUUUCAAUGAACCUCAAUACAUUGGUGAUUUAAGAUGAUACCGAGAAAAAUAAACUAGCAAAGAGAAACACACGAUCAUGAUGGUACAGUACGCUUACUGCAUACCUUAUUACCUAUUACGUAUGAUUAAAGGUUAAUGUUAAUGAGGAUUAUUGCCGUCUGAUAUACAAAUAGAUUAGACUUGCGGAGGUGCAUAGAAGCACCCGUACACAUACGAGCACACACACUGACAGGCGUUACAGUUUGUUACAACAGAACCAGAUUUGAAUCAUGGCGAAUAACUAACAGAAGAUAUAGUGGAGGCAACAUCCGCAGUAGAACUAACCCCACAACUGGGGCAGAAAAAAAAAAUCGGGCAUUCUGCUGUUGCCAAGAUACCGUGAUGGUUAUGUAAGUCUGUCAAUUACAGUUAAUACUAUACUGCAGAGCAAAAAAUAAUAUAUAAAAAUGAGCCUAAUAUGAAGACAGAAAGCAAUGAGAUUACGGUGGAUUGUAUCUUGAUAUUGAAUCAUUGGAGACGGCGGUCACGCAUUGCCACAAACUGACUAUUGAUACGGAAAUAGUAAUGGAAAAUGAUAUGAAAGUGCUGAGGUACACUUGUGUUUUGUGAGGUAUGAGUCUCUUACCACAAAGGCAAACAAAAAUGAUUUAUGUCCAAUGCCUACUAUGCUGUUUAAUAUUGUGAAUAUGGCCUACUUCGUCUGAAUUCGAUUUUAAAAGAAGGUAGAAAUAGCUAGAUUUGCAGACUGAUACAUCAAAUGGUCACGUUAAGCGAGAGAACGGGCAGACAUAGAAAUGCGUGUUUUUGCUUUUUUCUUAAUUCUUGAAAUUCAACCCGGUUUUUCCCUUCUUUCUUUUUCUCUUUCCCUCUCGCUCUUUGUCUUCUACUCGCUGUGUAUACAUUUUAGGUUAAGGUUCGAAUUUGUGUAGUAGACGAAUGUAGCCUUUGUGGUAUUUCAAAUAAACCCGAAAUAAAAAUAGUACGGCUGGGAAGAUCACUCAUGUAUCUGGAGGCCGCCAUUGUCAUACAGCUACCAGGGUGCCGGUUUGCUGGAAAAGUGUACAACCGUCGAAGCACAUGAAAAAGCAUUGUUUUCGCAUAUCGAUAUUUUUUAUUGACGCCAGUGUCAUGUGUUGUCAAUCUAAUGACAGUUCGGAAAAUGUUGCCAAUUGGGGCUGUAGUGAUUGAAGUCACAAAGUUCGGGAUUUAUUUAAAUUGGAGUGUGCUGAUCCAUAUGAUGCACACGUUGUUUCCUAUAAGAACAGUUUUUAUUCAUCUGAUAAUUUUCAGUAUAUCUAGGACUAGGUAUGUACAUUGGUGCAGUAUUUAUACAUUCAAUGAUUUUGUUUCGUUUGCACAUGUCAAAAUAGUGAAUGCUUUUUGGUAGAUUUUGCUGUAAUAUUAUUAAACAGGGAUGAGGAACUUGUUUUUAAAAAUCUGCAAAAGAUUCGCGAAGAACACAAGUAUAUAUACAUAUAUAUACGAACAAGUUUUUGCUUUGUGUGGUAGGGCAGACAGUGAGAUUUAGUGCCUCGGAUAGUUGUUGAGGGCGGUACUAAGAUGAUACUGAAAAAGAGACGGACGAAGGACUGUGAUUUUGGGCAAGUAUAGAAAGCGAAAGAAAAAGGAUCAUGAGAGAUCGAAUUAAAAUAAAAACAUCACAGAGAUAUUGGCUGUUAUUCAGGAAAAUUAUCAAACGUAACAGGAUAUAUACAGAAAGAGCCAGCGACUUGUCGUAGACAUAAAUGUCUAAUAUGGACAGCAGACCUAAGAAAAAAAUCUGGCUGAAGAAAAUGGAAAGUAAACAACAGCGAGAAUGUCCGAAAAAUAUACGUGACAGAAAUAUGGAUAAGUCCCCUGUGAAAUGGAGUUGCCGCUGGUGCGGUAUAGAUGGCGAUAAUCCAUAAAAGAGAAGAACAGCGACAGAAAAUAAACAUAGAGCAAAGACAUCUGGUUAACAUUAAUAAGGACACCAACAAAAAUCAAAUCUAGCGUUAAUAUAUGUUUACGUCAGCGCAAUAAAGAUUCGCGAUUGUGGUCGUCAACAAUACGUA